AUGAAGGAGCUGAAGGAAGAGGAGAGAUACCGGAAGAGGAGGGUGCCUAGUCCGGAGACGGUCUCGGUGAAGAAGGAGAGGAUGAGCCCGGCUAGGCCUCACCGGGCACAUCGGAGUUCCAGCUCCGGGAGCAGCGGAGGAGAAUCCCCCCAACCACAGCCCCGGGGGAGGAGCAGAGCUUUCUCUACGCAGAGAUCACCUACAGAGAGCAUCUGCAAAUGGCAGUCACCUUUAAAAAAGAAAAAGAGUUAUGUCAAGAGAAGCAAGUCUCCAAGGAGGAGAAACAGAAGUGAUAGUAGAAGUCCACCACCUGUUCCUGUAAAAAUAAAACAGGAAAAAGAGAAGCACACUCGCAGAACUCAUGAUGACAAGCAACCCAGAGAGAAGCGGGAGAAUGAUGUCCGAAGAAAUACUCACAGAGACCAAGCAGGCAUCAGAGGCCAUCACAACCACUCGAGGCAUAGGCAAAGGGAUCGUGAAGAACAACAUUUAAGAGAGCAAAGGGAAGAAAGAGAGUUCCACAAUGACAGGAGGAGGGAAAGACGCCAGAGGCAAGAGCAGGGAGAAGAGAUUGAAAAUCCGGAGGCCGACAAUACAGAUAAUAAAGGGGAAGCUAAAGAAAAAGAAAAACCAAACUUUGGACUUUCCGGGGCAUUACUUGAAGAUACAAAUACUUUCAGAGGUGUUGUUAUAAAAUAUAGUGAACCACCAGAAGCUCGUAUUCCGAAGAAACGGUGGCGUCUGUACCCAUUUAAGAAUGAUGAAGCUCUUCCAGUCAUGUAUAUUCAUCGUCAGAGUGCAUACCUCCUGGGUAGGCAGAGACGUAUUGCUGAUAUACCAAUUGAUCAUCCAUCUUGCUCCAAGCAACAUGCUGUCCUUCAGUAUCGGAUGGUUGCGUUUACGCGUGCUGAUGGGACUCCAGGAAGACGAGUCAGGCCUUACAUCAUUGACCUAGGAUCGGGAAAUGGCACCUACUUAAACAACCAGCGAAUUGAGCCACAACGUUACUAUGAGCUGAAAGAAAAAGAUGUUCUGAAAUUUGGAUUUAGCAGCAGGGAGUACGUUGUUUUGCAUGAGUUUUCAGAUACAUCAGAAGUGGACAAACCAGAUGAAGAUGAGGAUGAGGAUGAAGAAGACGAAGGUACUGACAGCUAG